AUGCCGAACAACCAGCUCAUGCACCCUAGAAAUAUUUACAGGACACCACCUGCUUUCAAGGAGCUGGCGGUAAUGUAUCCAGAGUUCAAUAAAUACGCGUCAGUUGGUUUGAAUGGCAAAAUCGUUUUCGACUUCAAAAAUCAGGACGGUCUCAGAUUGUUGACCACUAUACUGUUGAAGAAAGACUUUGAUUUAGACGUGGAUUUGCCAGUCGGUAGACUGGUACCAACCAUCCCGUUACGACUUAACUAUUUACUGUGGAUUGAGGAUCUUUUCAACUUAAACUAUGACAACACAAAGAAGAUCAAAGGAAUYGAUAUAGGCACAGGUUCAUCGUGUAUUUAUCCAUUAUUAGCAGCUAAACAAUUUCAGUGGUCCAUGGUCGGUACUGAUAUCAAUAAAGAAGCUGUUAAAAAUGCUAAUAAAAAUGUAGAAAAAAAUAAUUUACAAAAUUUAAUUCAAGUUCUAGAGGUAUCAGAGUGGGAGAGAUUAUUGCCAGUAGCUGUAGAUGAACAUUAUGACUUUUGUAUGUGUAAUCCACCUUUUCAUAGUUUCUCAAAUUUAAAUUCAUCAGAUGAUGAAGCAGAUAGCGCAGUUGGAAUUACUUCUGAAAUGUAUACAAUGGGUGGAGAAGUUGAUUUUAUAAAAAAAAUGAUUAAAGAAAGUGAAAUAUUACAGAACUCGAUAAGUAUUUAUACAACAAUGGUUGGUUAUAAAGCUUCAUUAGAUCCUCUAAAAAAUGAACUGAAAGCUAUUGGAGCAUGUACAAUUGCAGAAGCUGGUUUCUAUCAAGGUCGGAAUGCUCGUUGGGGAAUUGCUUGGACGUUUCAACCWGAUAUAAAAUUAAAAGAUUUUUUGCCUAAUAAAGAGUUUCAAAAAGAGAAAUUGAAACUUAGACCUCCAGUGUCUUUUAAAAUUCCAGAAUCGUACGACUCUACAACAGCGCUUACUAAACUAUCAGAACUUCUAGAUAGUCUUAAGUUGYCAAUCUCAGUAUUAAAAUCAAAAAUUGAUGAAAGUAUUUUAUACCAAGCCGACAUUAAAGCAUAUGAAAAUACAUGGACUCAUCAAAGAAGAAAAAGGCGUAUGGAAAAAAGAUUAGCUUAUUGCAAACGUCAAAAAAUUAAUGACCGUUGUUUACACAUUAUAUCUGAUGAUGAAAAGAUUGAUCAGAAUUUAGAUACCACACUCAAUGCCAAACCAUUAUUUGCAGCUACAUUAGUUUUAAGAAAAACGGACAAUACAAUUUCGAUAGACAUGUUGCACCUAGACGGCAAUAGAGACAAUUCACACCAAGUUUUUCAGUUCCUUAAGAAUAGAUUUAUAUAAUGUAGAGUUUCGUGUGACACAAAUUUAGGAAAACCAAAUCCAAGGCUAUCUGGCUGCGUGCUUGGUCGUUGAAAAUUCUCCCAAGAUGGAUCAGGCACAAAACUCUCAACUAUGUUGCAUGGCUAUGAAAUGACAAAGGUAGUUAAAAUAUUAGUAAUUUAUAAUGUAUUUUACAUUUGUACAUAACCACUAGAAUAAUAUAUUUGCACAUUACAAUGCAAAAUUUAAAUUGGCUUAUUAAUGUUUUUUUUUUUAAAUAUAUAUACAUAAUAUCAAUGUUAGAAAGGGAAAAGGUCAUAAACAAUAAAAUAGUCGUUAACGACAUUUAUUAUUCUUUGUAAAGAGAGCAGCAUUCUGUAUGUGUACAAGUAGCACUGCCUUUUCUACAAUAAUUUAACAGCUGUUUAUUGUCAUUUGAAAGUUCUAUAGUAAGCGACAUUAAUUAGCAGGUAAGGAUAAAGUUGUAUGCAUAAACGCCAUUUGACGUCAUUAAUGAUAGGGAUGGGACUAGUUGUUCACUUYGGUGAAAAGUUCAAUUGAAAUGAACAAAACAUCUCUAAUAAAUAACAUAAAAAAGCUUUUUUUUUUUUUUGCUCCUGAACAAUUAAAAAUAUUCAUAAAUUGUUAUUUAUGACCUUUCGCCUUUCCACCAUUGAUAUACUUAUAAUGAUGUAUAGUAUUAUAAAAUGUAUUGUUAUUUUUGACUGAAAAUUAUAUUUAUGUAAAAUUAUAAAU